AUGAAGCUGGAAUCUACAACCUCUGAUGUUGCCAAACCCGUCUCCAAGUCUUCACAGAGGCCCAGUCAUCCUGAUCCUCGGAAAUCCAGUUCGUUCGCUGGUAGAAAGGAGAGGAGAGCAAAUGAGGAGCGAUCUAUAUCCCCUCUCCCAGCUACAGUACUCUCCGAUGCAUUCAAAGAAGCAAGGUCUGAGACUAAGAGGUUCUCCACCCCACUGCCAAGGAGGAAAGACUACGAGAAGGGAUUUAUCGGUAAAUUGUUCUCCAGAGAGACCCCUGCUGCCGGGCACCGGUUUUCCAACUCCCCAUCACCUCCGCAUAUUGGCCUCGCCCAGCGCCUAUCUUCAACGAAGAGAAUUAACAAGGAAAAGAGUCAGAAGGAGACCGCAUGGGCAAGGUACUUUGACCAUGGAGGGGGUCGGGUGACUGCCAUGGAGACCAUGGAGGAGUGGAAGGGCGACCUUUCCCAGCUGUAUCUUGGCCUUAAGUUUGCCUGUGGAGCACACAGCAAGGUGUACCAUGGUAUCUACAAGAAUCUACCUGUUGCGGUGAAGGUUAUAACGCAACCUGAUGAUGACGAAAAUGCCAAUUUGGCUGCCCGAUUAGAGAAGCAGUUCACUAGAGAAGUGACUCAUUUAUCUCAUCUCAACCAUCGGAAUGUGAUCAAGGUAUUUUCCUGACAACAGUUGGUGCUUUGCUUAGAUCUAUAUAUUUUAAAAUUAUUUGAUUAUCUUCUUUUCCUAACCUUGAGGUUGUGGUCGAUAUAUGUUAAUAAUCUUUUUCAUGAAAUAUGUUCGUCACCCACAUGGGUUUUUUUAGUUAUUCUUUUACAUCUGGGAAUACAGUUUUAAAUAUUCCAUAAUUUGUGUAUCAUUUUUUCCCGAAAUCCUUAGAAAUCCCAUUUCUUCUUGUUCCUUGUUAAGUAUAGUGAGUUUAGUGUUGCUACUUAUUGAUUGAAUUUUUUGACUCCAUGUGUAUAUUUAGUACCCAAUUAAUUAUAAUUUAGACUACUUGAAUUCUCUCGAAUCUGCUGUAAGACAGAACUGCUUUCAUUGAUGGAGCCGACCGUUCUGUUUUGUUCGUUCAUUUUCUAUUUUCCCUCACAUCUGCAAUCUCUGGCACGGGUUUGUAUCCGACAUCUAGAUUUAGCACUACCGAAUGUCUUUUUUUUUUCCCCGAGACCUGUCUAUCAAAUAUAGGGAUUUUUUUUUCGAAUUUCUUCCAAAUGGUGAAAUUAUCAUUUGAAUUGUUCUCAAAUACUAUGGAUUUUCUUGAAAUUUCUUCCAAAAAUUAUAUAUAUAUAUAUUUUUCGAAUUGCUACUUACUAAAUGUUGUGCUGGAGAUUCUUUUGGAAUCGCUGCCAAACACCGAGAAGAUGUUGGCAGCGGUUUCUGCUUAGGCUAUCAGGAUGAGAACCCAGAUGGAUUAUUGCCCCGCCAACUGAUAGCUAUCAUCUUUCUGGUGCAGUUAGUAGCAGCGUGCAGGACGCCGCCAGUUUUCUGUAUCAUCACCGAAUACCUCUCCGGAGGCUCCCUAAGAGCAAUCCUACACAAGCUCAAGAACGAGUCCCUCCCUCUGAAAAAAACAAUCGCGAUUGCCCUUGAUAUUUCACGAGGGAUGGAGUAUGUCCACUCACAGGGGGUCAUCCACCGCGACCUAAAGCCCGAGAAUAUCCUCUUUGACGAAGAUUCAUGCGUGAAGAUUGCUGAUUUUGGAAUAGCCUGUGAGGAGGCGUACUGCGAGGUGUUGGCUGAAGACCCAGGGACCUAUCGGUGGAUGGCCCCUGAGAUGAUCAAGCACAAGCCCUACGGCCACAAGGUUGAUGUGUACAGCUUCGGGCUGCUCCUUUGGGAAAUGCUGACGGGGAAGAUCCCGUAUGAGGAGAUGACACCUGUCCAGGCAGCUUUUGCGGUCGUCGACAAGGUGGGUGGGUGGGUCCCCUAGAAGCGGUGCCUGCAGUUUUCUAGAUUCUAGUUGUGAUAAUCAUAGUUCUUUACUCUGUGCAACGUUCUUGUGGUUUAUUUUUGGAAACCCAUUUAUAGUUCCUCUGAGGAAAAUUUAGAGCAUUUUACGGAGAAAAAUUCGAAUUUUAUCGUUUAUAAUAGAAACCCAUUUGCAAUUUUCUUCUGGGAAAAUUCAGAGCAUCUCCAACAUAUCGUUUUUAUAACUCUUCAGGUUUAUUUAUAGAAACCCAUUUGGAUUUUGCCUUGGGAAGAUUCUUACAACGUUUCCUGAAGUAUUUAUUAUUCUUGUGGGUUUACUACUGAUAGAAACCAAUGCAAAUUUUCUUCUACGAAACAAUCUGAGGGCAUUCUCUGAUAAAGAAGAGUUGACUUUCUGCAGAACAUAAGGCCCACCAUCCCCGACAGCUGCCCGCCGCCACUGCGAGCCCUGAUAGAGCAAUGCUGGUCCUUGCUCCCCGAGAAGAGGCCCGAUUUCUGGCAGAUUGUGAAGGUCCUGGAGCAGUUCGAAUCGGCCAUCGGCCAAGAUGGGACUCUGAACCUCGUUCAAGAUAUCACCUGCCAAGAACACAAGAAGCGACUGCUUCACUGGAUCCAGAAGCUCAAACCCUUGACCUACGGUGGAGCUGGGCCGCCGCAGCCCAAAUUUUUGUGA